AAUGUUUAUAAAACAAAGAAAGCUUCAGCUCAAGAGCCAGAAAUUUGUCUGAAACAACUAAUUUUGUUGUAAAGGAAGUAGGGCCAGUUCACUGGAAUUAUUAUUUUAUUUUCUUUGCUUUUGUUUUUCAAAUGAGGUACUGGUAACAUAACACUGGGUCAAGAGACUCAAUUGUAUGCUGGCUUCUCCCCUUCCUCUAGAUUACAUUGUCUUACUUUUUAAUCUCCUUAAGGGCAUCAACUUCCUCAUUUACAGUGGUGUCAUAUUCUUAACCACGAGAUUAUCUGGAAUCAUCUUCAGGGACUGCUGAGCCCUAUAAAAGGGGGUGUGUUUAGACAAGAGGAAUCAAGGAGAAGGCCAUGAAGGGCUCAGCUUGGAGCACCAUGAAGAGCUUCCCCAAGGCUUCCCUUGUACUCCUGCUUUUCAUCCUGAGUGUCCACCUUGGAACUGCCACACGUGGCAGUAAUGUGGCCAAGUACUGCUGCUUACAGUUCAGCCCAAAGGCCCUUCCUUGGAAAUUGGUGCAAAGCUAUGAAUUCACUAGGAGCAGCUGUCCCCAGCAAGCUGUGAUAUUCACUACCAAAAAAGGCCUGAAGGUCUGUGCAGAACCGGAGGAAAAGUGGGUGCAAAAAUACAUCUCUUUACUGAAGGCUCAACGGCGGUUGUGACUGUGUCCUUUUAGCCCGAGGACACCCGGACCCUGCUCUUGGCCUGGGCCUCCAUGGGCCUGCCAAAGAGAAAGAGGUGUUUUCUA